AAAAAAAAAAAAGUUCAAAGAAACGGCCUCAUUUCUUGUUAUCCACUCAAAACCUGCCUGGGUCUUACCUCUUUAUAUAUUUCUGAUGCGAUGAGUGUACAUCUAUAAUUAGGUAGCCAAAAGUCUACAGUAGAGAAUUUCUAUAUCAUUAGUGAACUUAUAUAGAAAUUUAAAUUUGCAACUUUGUUGGCCAAUCUGACGCUAUAAAAGCCUGACAAAGGUUUUUUUUUAGCAGAGCCGAAUUAAGAAUUAGAAGAUGAAAGCAUAUGCAAUUGCACUCAUUGUCUGUGGAUCUGUUGCAGCAGCUCUAGUUUUAAUAUCGUGUUGUUUUUACAAAAUUGGCCGAAAGAAAAAGAGUUCCCCAGUGACUCGGAAUGUGACCAGUGGUUCUCCGGUUAUUCCUCUGCCGCCGAAGCCUUUACCAGCAAAUCGUGAUGUUGAAAAGGGCGAAAUUAAACCCAAGGACAAUACAGCAAUGAGAGAUGGUGGAAUGGUAAUUCUAGGUGCGGCUGCUGCUGCAACAGUUGUCACCGCCGCUGUUAUCGACAGUGGAGGAGGAGGUGGUGGUGGCUGUGGCGGAGGAUGUGGAGGUGGUGGCUGUGGCGGCGGCGGCGGCUGUGGUGGAUGUGGAGGUUAAAAGCAGAGGCUCGGACGACUCAUAAAAAUAUUAAAAAUUGAACUCAUGGAAUCUGCAAAGUAGAUAAAUAAUUUCUUUGUAUGUUUUCCGCAGUGGCUACUCAUGUUUUAUAAGAAUGUACUGUAAAUAAUUUUACGUACCAUGAAUCAUGAUAUGGGAGAAAUGAAUUAAUUUAGCGAACUUUGUGCCC